CUGGGUCAGCUACGAAUACGAUUGGAAUUGCCGGUCUUCCGCUUUCAUCUGCUCUUAUCUCGGGCUUCGCUUUCGGGGAAAUUGGGAUCUCUCUCUUUCGAGUCCUUGAUCCUCUGGCUUCGGCUGUAAUAGUUUUCCGCUUGGUCCCGAUUUCGUUCUUCCUCAACCCGCUUUCUCCGUUGUCCAAUUCCAACCCUUGAAAUUCGUCGGCACGAAUCUUGGAGCAGAUGGCCAAGAGAUCCGUGCCUCUUCUGAAGCAACUUCUCUCCUCUUCCUCCGCCGCCUCACCAUCAUGCUCCUCCCGCUUCACCUCUCACCGAUCUGUCACCUACAUGCCCCGUCCCGGAGACGGUACUCCACGCGCCGUCACCUUGAUUCCCGGCGACGGAAUUGGCCCUCUCGUCACCGGCGCCGUUGAGCAAGUUAUGGAGGCGAUGCACGCUCCUGUCUACUUCGAGCGCUACGAUGUCCACGGGGAUAUGCCGAAGGUGCCGCAGGAGGUCAUCGACUCGAUCAAGAAGAACAAGGUCUGCUUGAAAGGAGGUUUGGCCACUCCCAUGGGAGGCGGCGUCAGUUCUCUGAACGUCCAGCUGAGGAAACAGCUUGAUUUGUACGCUUCCCUUGUGAAUUGCUUCAAUCUGCCUGGAUUGCCCACUCGCCACGAGAAUGUCGACAUCGUCGUGAUUAGAGAGAACACCGAAGGCGAAUACGCCGGGCUGGAGCACGAGGUCGUCCCUGGCGUCGUCGAGAGCCUCAAGGUGAUUACGAAGUUCUGCUCAGAGCGGAUUGCUAAGUAUGCCUUCGAGUAUGCGUACCUUAACAACAGGAGGAAAGUUACUGCGGUGCACAAGGCGAACAUCAUGAAGCUCGCUGAUGGCUUGUUCUUGGAGUCCUGCCGUGAGGUUGCUACCAAGUAUCCCGGGAUCAAGUACAACGAAAUCAUUGUGGACAAUUGCUGUAUGCAACUUGUUUCCAAGCCCGAGCAAUUUGAUGUUAUGGUCACGCCUAAUCUUUAUGGAAAUCUAGUUGCAAAUACAGCUGCUGGUAUUGCUGGUGGUACUGGAGUCAUGCCUGGAGGCAAUGUUGGUGCUGAUCAUGCAGUGUUCGAGCAAGGUGCUUCGGCAGGAAAUGUAGGGAACGAGAAAGUAACGGAACAGAAGAAAGCAAACCCAGUUGCUCUGCUGCUCUCUUCUGCCAUGAUGCUAAGACAUCUUCAGUUCCCAUCAUUUGCUGAUAGGUUGGAGACUGCUGUCAAAGGUGUGAUCUCUGAGGGCAAGCACCGGACCAAGGACUUGGGAGGCAGUAGUACCACCCAAGAGGUUGUUGAUGCGGUCAUAGCUGCUUUAGACUGACAUCCCGUUGCCCGCCCGUCUUCGACAGGAAACACUUUACGUUUUGGCGAUUGGCUUUUGGCAAACUUGAGAAACGGGGGAAGAAAGUCCCUCCGUUCAUUAUUGAAUAUUUUUCACUCUCGUACUUUUUAAAGUGUACCGUUUUCUGCAUGCGAGAGAAAAGCUGGAAAGUAUCUGUAUUUUUUCCGCCUCAAUAAUAUUCACUCAUAUUCACUUGGCUAAACGACAAAUGCUCUGUCACCUGAAUCAACGGCUUGUAUGUAUAGGUUAAGUGAGAAGUUGCUGCAGUUGUGCAAUGCAGAGUUUCUUCCUGUUUCCUGCUUGCAUAGAGAGGGGUGGCUCUCCCAUCUUCUUUCAGAAACCAGAUUAGUGAUGGCAAUGGAGCAUGGUGGGGUGGUGAUUCGAGUCUAAUUAUACAUAUUUGCACUCUUGAGAUUCAUUGUAGUUGAGGUUGUUUUACACUAGAUGGUGCAUGGUUGAGUGUAUUUCAGGUCUCGGCAAGUGAAAGAACCAAAGGAAGCCAAAACGGGACAAAAUAG